AUGCGAAAUAAUAGAAAAAACUCCAUUAUCUCUUUCCCCUCUCUCUGUGGCAAUUUUCUCUUCUUUCUAGACAAGGAAUUUCUGCAUAGGGCAAUUCUCUCUCUCUCAAUUCUCCUUCUUUCCCAAGAAUUUUCUCCUUUUCUCAUUAUUUUGUUGAGUUGGACAUAUCUCACUCUUUCCUUAUUUUCUCUCUCUUUUCUCUCACUCUCUCUCUCACUCAUUAUUUUGUUAUUCUCUCUUGACUCUAUCUCUUUUUUUCUGCCUCUCUAUUUUUCUCUCUCUUUUUUUGUUUCCUUUGAGAUAAUUUCUCAUCCUUUAAAAUACUCUUCUUUUUUGUCUCCUCUCUCUCUCUCUUUCUAUCUCUCUUCUUUCUCUCCUUAUCUCUUUCUUUCCUCUCUCUCUCUCUCAUUGAGUUGGAUCUCUCACUUUUUUCCUUAUUCUUUCUCUCUCUCUUUUUUAUUGAGUUGGAAAUAUUUCACUCUUUCCUUAUUAUUCUUUUCUUUUUUCUCUUCCUCUUUCAUUAUUUUGUUAUUCUCUUCUCUCUCUCUCUCAUUGAAUUGGAUCUCUUUCUCUUUUUCCUUAUUCUCCCAUCCUUCUCUCUCUCUCUCUCUCUUUUAUUUGGUUUGA